GAAUAACAACCACAAAAUUUUAAAUUUUUGAACAUAAAGAAGCAUAAAAUUUAGAGAUCCGGCCUAGGAGAUUCAUCUUUUAAAAUUUCAUUGAUUUUUGUAGACUUUGACCCUAGUCGUCCCUGUGGGCUGUGGGGAAAUUUUCAAAUGAUUUCUUCCUUGCCCCAAUGUAGGGUUCAAACUCAAUCCACUUAGGAUUGCCUGAUAGUUACGAGCAGCCAUGGACGCGAAUCCUUUAAGAUUCAAUAACCCGAUCCGAGACGCCAUUUCCAGGAUCCGAUUCUCCCCGCAUUCAAACAAUCUUCUCAUUUCUUCCUGGGACAGAAGUCUUCGAUUAUACGACAUUCAACGCUCAAAGCUAAUAUUAGAGUCCCCAGGGGAAGCCGCACUCCUCGAUUGUUGUCUUGAAAGCGAAACUGUGGCUUUCAGUGCUGCUUCUGAUGGUUCUAUUUACAGGUAUGAUAUGCACUCAGGUCAUAAAUCUGCAAUAGGGAAACAUGAUGAUAUGGCAACUUUUGUUGAGUUUUUUCCUGAAUCAAGUCAGCUAAUUACUUCUGGUUGGGAUAAGAACAUAAUCUUUUGGGAUGCACGGUCGGCAAAGUCUGUUGGAUUCUUGAACAAUCUAACAUCAAUGGCAGAGUCUAUGACACUCUCUGGCUCCAGUUUGAUCGUUGCUAUUGAUUCUUCAGUAAUCAUUUUUGACAUUCGUACCCUUAGGAAACUGGUUCACAGAAAAGAUGUCCAAAUAAAAUGUGUCCGCACUAUUCUUCAUUCUGAAGGGUUUGUGGUCGGAUCGGUGGAUGGACGUGUUGCUUUGGAGUAUAUCUGUGAAUCCAAUUUGGAUAAGGGAUAUGCCUUCCGGUGCUUUCCAAAGAAAAAAGAUGGAAGACAACAUGUGGUGGCAGUGAAUGACAUUGCAUUUAGUCCAUUAAACAGUGGCUCAUUUGUAACUGGUGAUAAUGAUGGAUUUGUAAUUAUGUGGGAUGCUUGGCACAAAAAGCGACUAUGCGAGCUUCCAAGACAUCCAAACAGCAUUGCUUCUUUGUCAUACAAUCAUGAUGGGUUGCUUUUAGCAGUUGCAUCGAGCCAUACUUACCAAGAAGCUAAUGAAAGUGAAGAGCCUCCACAGAUAUUUAUACACAAACUUGAGAACUUUCAGAGCGAGUCACCUUCUGUUCGAGCAUCCUGUGUGGAAUGACUCUCUGGUUUAGAAACGUAUGGAGCCAGAUUGCUGAUGGGUUUCCAAAGCCUUUAAUUUGGUCAGUUGCUCUGCAUUGCAUUUUGGCGUUAUGCAAAUGGGUUAUUCCAGUCAGGUUAUGCACACUGCUUUCUUCCAUGCACGAAAUUAGAGCUGUCGCUACGAUAAACCGGUGGGUUGUAAUAGUUAUUGAAAUCAUCUUGUCCUUGGUAGCACACUCUCUGGAAAACACAUUUUAAUUAUUUAACUGUAUUUAUUCAUCAGAUGUAUUAACCUUUUGCAGUUUGCUUCAAUGUAGAUUGCUCCCAUUAACAGGUUUUUUCCUUCUAAAAUCCUUGAACCAUUACUCAUAGUACCUGGUUUUC